ACUAAUCCAACUGGUAAGUUUAUUUAUUUUAACUUUGUAAUAAGACUUUCAUAGCAAGGUAAUUAUGAAAAUAAUAAAUUAUUAUGAUUUUUUUUUUUAGUACCACCAUUAUCUGUUUCAGCUGUUCCACCUUCCACUGAUCUAACUGUGCCAUCAUCAUCUACUCCAACUGUGGCAUCUUCAUCUGCUCCAACUGUGCCAUCAUCAUCUACUUCAACUGUGGCAUCUUCAUCUGCUCCAACUGUGCCAUCAUCAUCUACUCCAACUGUGCCAUCAUCAUCUACUCCAACUGAUUAAAAUGUCUUAUGCAAUUGUUUCAUUUGAUGAAAGUAAUGAAACGGAUUUUCUUCCAUUAAACUGGAUUGCUGAUGGUACCUUAAUGAGUGAUAUUCCUAUGCGAAUUAAAAAGCAUCAUAUAGUCGAGUUUUACUGGCCUCCACUAAAAAAUCCAGAAAGUAUUUCUAAGGCAAAAAGUCGGUGUUUAGAGGCCGAUUUGAAUUGGCCCACUUAUAAAGCACGAAUUUUGUCUACUGCUGAUUCACUUUAUGAGGCUCGUCAGAAAGCAAUAUUGGCUGAAGACACUUCGAACCUCGAAGUUGAAAAUAGUAUAAAGCAAAGAAGAAUAAAUAUUAUACAAGCUGAUGAAAGUGACAAAAGUGAAGUUGAAUCUGAUUGCAGCGAAGAGUUUAUUGAAAAGAAAAAGAAAGUUAUUGAUGUGCACAAAAAAAUGAAACAUGUAGAAAAAUCUUAUUCUUUACCUAAACCAAAAUCUCCAAUUCAAAUUAUACCUAAGCCAGUUCCUCCUUCAUUUUUAUCAGUAAAACGUUCUGAUAGUUUCAAUCAAUCUGAUUGGAAUGAUUGUGAUAUUGAAAUUACUCGUCAUAAUACAACUGUUCUUGAAAAUAAGACAUAUAUGCCAACAUUCGAUUCUUCUGCUAACUUUGCAAGUACUAGUCAGACUAACACAAUAUUAACUGCAAUUUUGACACAAAUUGAAGACAUAAAACAAACUUUAAAAGUUCAUUCUGCUAUUUUGCAAAGCCUAGUGCAACAAGACAGAGGUAUAAAUGCAAGUUUAUGUCAGCUUCCAGAGGAUAUAAAAUUACCUAUUUUAACAUAUGAGGAUCUACUAGUAAUGGAUCAGAAGUUGAUAGAUCCUCUAGUGAAGAAGUAUGGUAGCGUGAAAGUUAAUGCAACUACUCUAGAUGCAAAUAAAAAGCAAAUCGAGGCAGAACUAUCAAAGUGGUUUACCAAUUCACGGGAUCGUGGUAGUGAUCGUCGGGGAAGAAAAAAAAGAUUAAAAGACAUCAACAAUGAAUCAGAUUUUAUUUUCAACAAAUAAUUUGUUGCAUAAUAUUUUAGAAAAUAAAAUUUUUAUUUAAAAUUAUUUUGAUGUGGUUUUUAAAUUUAUCCAACAUUAUAUAUCUCAGUUAUUCAUAGCA